ACAAAAUAAACAGCUAUGUUUCGGGUCCUGCGGCGCCGAGGUCAGGAGGGUGUUUGUUGCGGUGUCUCCUCCAUAUCGUCCUACACCGGUCCCUACUGCUUUUUCUGCCGUUUUCUCCGGCUCGUUGAGUUGACAGCAACUUUCCCAACAACAGCAAUACUCGUCAAAAUGGCAGUUCCUCCAACAUAUGCAGACCUCGGAAAAUCAGCAAAGGACAUCUUCAACAAGGGCUAUGGUUUUGGGCUGGUUAAGCUUGAUGUGAAGACAAAGUCUUCAAGUGGAGUGGAGUUUAAAACGUCUGGCUCAUCCAACGUAGACACCAGCAAAGUCACAGGAACCCUAGAAACCAAGUAUAAGUGGGCUGAGUAUGGGCUGACGUUCACAGAGAAGUGGACCACGGAAAACACACUUGGAACAGAAAUUUGUAUCGAGGAUCAGAUAACCAAAGGGCUGAAACUUACUUUUGACACUACAUUUUCACCAAAUACUGGCAAGAAGAGCGGCAAGGUCAAGACGGGUUAUAAGAGGGAAUACCUUAAUGCUGGUGUAGAUGUAGAUUUAGAUUUUGCUGGUCCUACUAUCCAUGGAGCAGCGGUGGCUGGCUACGAGGGCUGGCUGGCUGGCUACCAGAUGACCUUGGACACAGCCAAAUCCAAGUUGACCAAGAGCAACUUUGCAGUUGGUUACAAGACCGGGGACUUCCAGCUCCACACCAAUGUAAAUGAUGGUUCAGAGUUUGGUGGAUCCAUAUACCAGAAGGUAAACGACAAACUGGAGACUGCUGUGAAUCUUGCCUGGACAGCAGGCAGCAACGGCACUCGCUUUGGAAUUGCUGCCAAAUACCAGUUAGACUCCAGUGCCUCCAUAUCAGCUAAGGUGAAUAAUGCCAGCUUGGUAGGAAUUGGAUACACCCAGACUCUGCGGCCUGGUAUGAAACUAAUCCUCUCUGCGCUGGUGGAUGGGAAGAAUAUCAAUGCUGGUGGUCACAAACUGGGUCUGGGUCUGGAGUUGGAGGCAUGAGGGGUCUGCUCAUUUCAUAAGAAGAAGAGCAAUAUUAGCUGAAUCUGACCCUGAGCGAGUUUGGUCAGCAACAGAUAUUUUAAAGAGAUAAAGCCAAAACAAACAAAUUAAUCCCAGUUCUCUAGCACUGUUAAAAUGAAGUCCUUUCCACGAGCCUCCCUUCAUUGUGGUUACAAUAAGUAGUCAUGUUUCAAUUACAAAAUGUAUUUAUAAAUCAGUUACUCCUUCUGCCAAUUUAUCCUCCAUAGUGAUAGAAAAUCCCUCCUCUGGGUGAACCAUGUCAAGGAGUGAUAUCAAAAAAACAAAACCUUGUUAUUUUGCUAAAGUGUGAUAAUGUAGAAUGUAAAUCUUAAGCUGUUGUUUUGCACAAUAGAAUAUAACCUUAUUUAAGCUCUCUUUCUCCUUUUGUUUUAUUUGCACAUUUUAUUUGUAUUUUGGUAGUGAUGUUCAGCCUGUUGGGAGGGGUUACUCCCAACAAAAUAUGCUUAUCAAGAUUGAAGCCAAUCUAUUGGCUGGUCUUCCCUUAUCUUUCUAGAGUGGCUUAAUUGUGCUGCAUGUAAAGUUUGAGACCUCCGCUACCUUAAACACCUGCUUCUAAGUUGCAAGACAAUGCAAAAUUGUUUUCCAUUCUUUUCCUCAGUGUGACUUGAGUGAAAAGAAAAUCUGAGUCAAUCAUCCACUUUUCUUCCCAAUUUUGAGGACUGCGACACUAGGGGAGGUUUGUGUGUUGACAUGUCUAACCUUUGCAAUAAAGUCCUGAAACCAACCUA